AUGAGUCCACACCCCUUCCCUCCACACCCCUACCCUCCAUACCCCUACCCUCCACACCCCAACCCUCCACACCCCUACCCUCCACAGCCCUACCCUACAUACCCCAACCCUCCACACCCCUACCCUCCAUACCCCCUACCCUCCAUACCCCUACCCUCCACACCCCCCUCCAUACCCCUACCCUCCCACCCCUACCCUUCACACCCCUACCCUCCACACCCCUACCCUCCACACCCCAACCCUCCACACCCCUACCCUCCACACCACUACCCUCCACAGCCCUACCCUCCACACCCCUACCCUCCAUACCCCUACCCUCCAUACCCCUACCCUCCACACCCCUACCCUCCACACCCCAACCCUCCACACCCCUACCCUCCAUACCCCUAUCCUCCACACCCCUACCCUCCAUACCCCUACCCUCCACACCCCUACCCUCCAUACCCCUACCCUCCACACCCCUUCCCUCCACAGCCCUACCCUCCAUACCCCCUCCAUACCCCUACCCUCCACACCCCUACCCUCCACACCCCUACCCUCCAUACCCCUACCCUCCACACCCCUACCCUCCAUACCCCUACCCUCCACACCCCUUCCCUCCACAGCCCUACCCUCCAUACCCUUACCCUCCACACCCCUACCCUCCAUACCCCUACCCUCCACACCCCAACCCUCCACACCUCUACCCUCCACACCCCUACCCUCCUAGACUGCAGCAGUACCCAUGCUGUCACCACCGAGACUGACAACACCUCCAGGGCUUUGUCAUAG